ACUGAAUCAACAACUGACACUUCUACUGAAUCAGCCACUGACACCCCCACUGAAUCAACAACUGACACUCCCACUGAAUCAACAACUGACACCCCCACUGAAUCAACAACUGACACCCCCACUGAAUCAACCACUGACAUCCCCACUGAAUCAACAACUGACACCCCCACUGAAUCAACCACUGAUACCCCCACUGAAUCAACAACUGACACCCCCACUGAAUCAACAACUGACACUCCCACUGAAUCAACAACUGACACCCCCACUGAAUCAACAACUGACACUCCCACUGAAUCAACAACUGACACCCCCACUGAAUCAACAACUGACACUCCCACUGAAUCAACAACUGACACCCCCACUGAAUCAACAACUGACACCCCCACUGAAUCAACAACUGACACUCCCACUGAAUCAACAACUGACACCCCCACUGAAUCAACAACUGACACCCCCACUGAAUCAACCACUGACAUCCCCACUGAAUCAACAACUGACACUCCCACUGAAUCAACAACUGACACCCCCACUGAAUCAACAACUGACACUCCCACUGAAUCAACAACUGACAUCCCCACUGAUUCAACAACUGACACUCCCACUGAAUCAACCACAGACACCCCCACUGAAUCAACAACUGACACCCUCACUGAAUCAACA